UUAGCGUUCUCUUCCGCAGCAGCAGCAGCAGCAGCAGCCAUCAAUACGAAUUACAGAUAUUUCCUAUGACUGUGUGAGGGUUUCUAAGUUUCGCGCGCCACCAUUGACUCUAGAGGCGGCGAAAGGGUUGAAAUCAAUUGAAAGGAGGACCAUUGGAAGAGGGCUUAAAAGAAUAUAAUGGAGGACAUGAAGAAGAGGAAGCUGGAUGAAAUUGGGAACGGCCAGUUGCUGUCCAACUUGACUGACGUCACGCCACUUUCAUCCGUCGAAGAAUUGCGUACGCUUCUUGACCCGCUUGCCAAGCCUCAACUCGUCGAUCUUCUUGCUAGAGUAGGAUCCCAAUAUCCUUCUAUUGCUGAAGAAAUUAAAAGUAUUGCAAGUGCUGAUCCUGCCCUUCGCAAGCUUUUUGUUCGUGGUUUAGCAUGGAAUACUACUUCAGAAGCUUUGUGUGCUGCAUUUCUAGAGCAUGGUGAAAUAGAAGAAGGUGCUGUAAUCUACGACAAAGUAACAGGAAAGUCGCGAGGUUAUGGUUUUGUUACAUAUAAAGAUAUGGAGUCAGCUCAAAGAGCUCUAAAAGCACCCAGCAAAAUGAUUGAAGGUCGAAUGGCUGUUUGUAACCUUGCAAGUGAAGGUUUAAGUAGCUUCAGCAUUACACCUGAUCAAGCCCAGAGGAAGCUAUACAUUGGAGGUUUGUCACCUGAUACAACUAGUGAGAUGUUGCUCGCUUUCUUUUCAAGGCACGGAGAGAUUGAAGAGGGUUCUGUUGCCUAUGACAAGGACACAAACAGAUCUCGUGGCUUUGGCUUUGUUACCUACAAGACAGUAGAAGCAGCAAAGAAAGCUAUUGAUGACACACAAAAGAUGCUUGGAGGAAGAAAUGUCACCGUGAAGCUUGCUGAUAACUACAAAGGAAAAGUUACCCAAUCACAGAUCGCAGCUGGUAUGGUUCCAAUGCCAUUACAUCUUACAGCUGGGUAUCAUCAGACAGGAGGCGGUGCCCCUAUUAGUUAUCCUUAUCCCCAGGCGAUGGGAGCAUAUCCCACGGCCUCCUAUGCAAGUUCACCAACUGCACCUGCCUCAUACUCCACACUGGGACAGUAUUCUUAUCCGCAGUAUGGUGGCGGUAAGAAAGAAUCUACCCCACCCCAUUCGGGUCGUGGAGGAUACCCUUACUACAUGCCCAACCAAUAGACCUUCAAUGUCAGCAGUAGGUAAGUGGACAUGGCUGGCGGAAGAAAUGGCUGCAGGCUGCAAAAAGAUGAGAGAAUAUUCAGGAUGCCCUCAUCCUCUCUAGUCCAUAUAUAUAUAUAUAUUAUAGAGAUAUGUGAAUGCUGUUACUGGCUGGCGGUUUUUAGGUAUAGUUAAAGCUGUUAUGGCCUAAUUCUGGCGAUUCUUGGGCACCACCAAUUGAUGAUGAGGAUGAGGAUGAGGAUGAUGGUGAAGGUAACUGUCACCAGAACCAGAUGGACUAAUGGAUUAUGUAGAAUCAAGAAAUGAAUUGAAUUGUAUUGAUUAAUUGCUGACUUGGUUUUGCGGUUGGUUUGUUUAGUUUGGAAGAAAUAAUUGUGUUAUGACUGACUGAGACUGUAUAUAGAUGAUGAUGAUAUUGCAGCUGACUACUUUACUUGUUGGGUGCUUUUAUCUAAUUUAUAGGGAUUUGGAUUGCA